AUGUCGCUGUGUCUAAACCGGCUACAGGAGGAGAGAAAGCAGUGGAGAAAGGACCAUCCAUUUGGCUUCUUCGCGAAGCCCGUGAGGGGUGCCAAUGGAGUCGUGGACUUGAAGAACUGGGAGGUUGGAGUUCCGGGAAGAGAGAAGACUAUAUGGGAAGGUGGACUAUUCAAGUUGACACUCACGUUUCCUGAUGAGUAUCCGACAAAACCACCAAAGUGCAAAUUCGUCCCUCCGCUCUUCCAUCCCAACGUCUACCCUUCGGGCACUGUCUGCCUCUCGAUCCUCAACGAAGAGGAGGGCUGGAAGCCAGCCAUUACAAUCAAGCAGAUCCUCCUUGGUAUCCAGGAUUUGCUCAAUGACCCAAACCCAGAAUCGCCGGCUCAGGCCGAUGCGUAUAAUUUGUUUAAGAAGGACCGGGCCGCUUAUGAACGAAAGAUCAGGAGCAUAGUCAAGGAAAACCCGGCACCAUAG